UCGAGCAGCAGUUAUGAUUCUUGUAGUGCAGUUCCUGCUUGGAACGUGUGGGUGGGACUCUAACAUGUGACAUAUAGAACAGUGGGCGGAGUUUAACAUCAACCUCGAAUCGUGUUAAGCCCCUGUUGAAUCAUGGAACACCAGCUUGUAGUGCUUCCUCUUGCUGACUCAUCGCUCUCUCUGAUUCUCUUUCCAGUUCGUUUCUUCCUGGGCUGGUGCAAGAGUCGGGGCCGGUUAAAAAAAAAAAAAAAAGAAAGAAAGAAAACGUGCGUCUUCAUUUAUGGGUAUGAGAAUAAAGAAGGUCACAAUCGGUAACACGUAAACACGGGUAAGUUAAAAAAAUAAAAACAAGAGUCCACCAUAUCGAGACUUCUCACGGCUGCCUUCUAAGACCGUGAAUGUGAAGAGCUGAUCAUUGAAGAAGACACGGUCAAAGUGAAAAGAAAUAAAAGGAAUAAAGCAUGUGACAUGGCAGAUCGCAUAGAAUACCUGGUAGUUCAGAUCAAGGAAGAGCAUGGCGAAGGAGAGACCUCCUGCCUUAACCAUCAGGAGCUCGGCCCUGAGCAAAGGGGCUUUGACAUGGCUACAGAUGUGGAAGACAAGGACUUUCAGAAGGGGCUUUUCCAUAUUAAAGAAGAAGAUGGUGGAAAAGUGCCGAUCCCCUUUGAAAUUACAGGUCACGGAAGUGCAGAUUCUACUCUGGCCCAUGAGGCUGUGGGGAGUGAUGCCAUUGGGGAUCAGAGUCCAGAAAUAAAAAAGGAGAGGAGUGUUUUAGGGUCUCCAGAGCCUCGGUGCCUUUCUGUCCAGCCCAAGCCUGAAGUGCUGGAACUUGAACAUGAGGUGGAUAUGAAAAUAUCAAACAAAAAAGAAGAUGAUGAAGAACCGUCAUAUUUAAGGCUGCCUGAACAAUAUUUUCAAGAAAAUGACAGUCUCCCUCUGCCUUCGUAUGAUGUAGGAUACUCAGAUGGAGACCCUCUUCAGAGACAGGAAACUGCUACAGCAUGGAAGAAGCCACACUGGUGUUCUGAAUGUGGUAAAAAAUUCUCACAAAAAAGUAACCUUCUGGCACACUUAAAAAUUCACACAGGAGAGAAGCCACACAGCUGUUCUGAAUGUGGCAAGCAAUUCUCUCAAAAAAGCAAUCUGAAGUCACACAUGAAAAUCCACACAGGAGAGAAGCCACACUGCUGUUCUGAAUGUGGCAAGCGAUUUUCACAAAAAAACAAUCUUCAGUCCCACAUGAAGACUCACACGGGGGAGAAGCCGCACAGCUGUCCUGACUGUGGCAAACGAUUCUCACUCAAAAACCAUCUUAUGUCACACAUGAACACUCACACCGGUGAAAAGCCACACUGCUGUUCUGAGUGUGGCAAACAAUUCACACGAAAAAGCAAUCUUCAGGCACACUUGAAAAUGCACACGGGAGAGACGCCUCACAGCUGUCCUGAAUGUGGCAAACAGUUCUCACAGAAAAACCAUCUUUUGUCGCACAUGAAUACUCAUACAGGUGAGAAGCCGUACAGCUGUUCAGAAUGUGGCAAACGAUUCUCGCGUAAAAACAAUCUUUUAUCACACGUGGCAAUUCACACCGGAGAAAAGCCACACUGCUGUUCUGAAUGUGGCAAACAGUUUUCACUAAAAUGCAGUCUUAAGGUACACUUGAAUCUUCACACAGGAGACAAGCCUCAUGGCUGUUCUGAAUGUGACAAACAGUUCUCACAAAAAAAUCAUCUUUUGUCACAUGUGAAAACUCACACAGGAGAGAAGCCAUACUCCUGUACUGAGUGUGGCAAACAGCUUUCAUCCACGAAAAACCUUCAGAUGCACAUGAGAAUUCACACGGGAGAGAAACCUUACAGCUGUUCUGAAUGUGGUAAAUUCUUUUCCCGCAAAGACCAUCUUCAUAGCCACAUGAAAAUUCAUACUGGACAGAAUGUUGCAAGGCAGUUUUUCUGUACUCAAUGUGGCAAACAACUUUCUUCAAUGAAAAACCUACGGGUGCACAUGAGCCUUCACACAGGAGAGAAACCCUACUGCUGUCCUGAAUGUGGCAAGCGAUUCUCACACAAAAUGAGUCUUUGGUAUCACGUGCGAAAUCACAAUGGGGAGAAAACACAUUGCUGUUCUGAGUGCAAAAAGCCUUUCUCAUGCAGAAGUCAUCUUCUUAGGCACAUGAAAAAGCACACUGGAGAGAAGCCAUAUUCCUGCCCUAUAUGUGAGAAACGGUUUUCAGAAAAGAGCUCUCUGAAGAAUCACAGGAGACUUCACACAGGGGAAAAGCCACAUUGCUGUUCUGAAUGUGGUGAACAAUUCUCACUGCUAAGCAAUCUUAAUAAACACAGGAAAAUUCACAGUUCUUCUGAGGUAGAUGAAGAGACAACAGUGGAGACAAUUUAGGUGCGACGUUGAACCUGUGAUGCAAAUUAAAGAGGUGUCAAUUUUGUUCCUGUAGAUGGGGCCACUCUGACAUCAAUGCUGCUGGGUCCUGUCUCAAGCUUUAUAAGUCAGUCAGUGGCAGGGCUGGCACUUGGUGGGUAUGGGGUACAAUGAGUGUAGAAAUGAAGAGUUGUUUCUUUUACCUCCAAAAAUCAGCAAACAAUUAAGAGACAGGUCAUCCAUAGAAUAACCAAUACAUUGCAGGAAGAGGCAUUUUUUAAUCUUACAGCCAUAUUAUUUGGUACAUAUUAAAAUGAAGUCAUCUUUUGGAAUGUUGCUGCUAUUUCGAUUUGAUCAUUUUAGGCACAUUCUAUCCAAAGUAGUUGACUACUAUAUGUUAAUACAUGAACUGUACUCUUCUAAGAUAGAAUCAGACCUUACAUUGUAGUCACUGUAUGCUUGGUGGUGUGCAGCAUUUGUUGAAGAUGAUCAAAAGUGUAACUUAGGUAGUGAGAAUCAAAAAGAAUAGAAAAGACAAUUAGAAAAGAAACCAAAGAGGAUGUGGUCCUUGGCUCACACACUUUCUCUGAUAGCAGAAGCACUGAAUGCCAAAAUCAGUCUGCAGAUGAUGAUUCCCAGGGUACCAUCCAUUUACCAGUACAUCCACCAAACUGGCUCAUCAUAGCAAAGUCGUGAGAGCUGACCAUUUAUUCAGUCUAAGGUAGUACGAAUAAUUGUAAUGUGAAUGAUUUUUUUUUUUGACCCCCACACUUUGGCCACUGCCAGUCCCCUAAUAUUCAACAUCCUAUUAUAAUAAGUCAUUUAAGCAUUUUCUAACCCGCUUAGUCCUGAACAGGGUCAUGGGGGUCUGCUGGAACCUUAUCCCAACUAGCAUAGGGUGCAAGGCAGGGAACAAACCCUAGAUAUGGCACCAGUCCAUGGCAGGGCAUACACACACACACCAAGGGCCAAUUUACAUUCUCCAGUUCACCUAACCUGCAUGUGGGAGAAAACCCACACAGACACUGGGAGAACCUGAUCUCCUUACUACAAGGCAGCAAUGCUAGCACCGUGCUGCCCAUUAUAACAAGUGUGUCAACAAAUACAAACCACAGUCCAAAAGUCCCAAGUCAACAAUCCAGAAAUCAGAAGGCAAUAACAUGAUGUACUACACAGCAAUGUAAAGACCAGUCAGUCAUUUUCCAACCCGCUAUACCCUAACUGCUGGAGCCAAUCCCACCACAGGACACACACACCCACCAGGGACAAUUUAGAAUCACCAAUGCACCUAACCUGCAUGUUUUUGGACUGUGGGAGGAAACCCAUAAAGACACCGGGAGAACAUGCAAACCCCACGCAGGGAGGACCUGGGAAGCGAACCCGGGUCUCAUUACUGCGAGGCAGCAGCGCUUACCACUGCACCACCCCAAUGUAAAGACCAAAAAUCCAAAAUAAGACAACAAUACACAAAAUGAAAAAGCAGUCCUUGAACGUUAAUGAACCACUGAAGGGUCCGCUUCCCGGACUCACCAUAUAUGUGCCGAGGGUGAACUUCUUGCUGUGACAUCAAAACACAGGAGAACACAUCAUGCUAAUGCGUAGAACAAUAUAAACAACAAUACCUGAAAAACAAUACAUCGACUUUCAAAGCAAAUUCUGGGAAAAGGAAAAAGAGAAGCCUACCUGGGAACACAUCCUUGGUCGAAACAUGUGACGUGACAAAGAAAAAAAAAUAAGCAGUAGUAAAAAUGGCACCCAUAAGCAGCAAUGUCAUAACGACCCACGUGAAGAAAUCUACUCUUUACAGACGAUGUCCUGAGCAGGCUUGAGUUUAAAAGGACUCUAAAGGACUAAUUCCAGUCUUCAAAUGAAGCAAGAGAACUAAUGCAAAAAUAAAAAUGUUUCUUUGGAAUAGUUAUGAGGGGAAAGUGGUCAAGUGCUGCUCAUAUGUUCUCUUGGUUUAUUUUCUUGUGUUUGUAACAAUGUCCUAUAUUUUGUACUUCCAUCCAUCCAUCCAUUCUCCAACCCACUGUAUCCUAACACAGUUUUCCUCUGGUAUAAUGUAAGCUUACUUAAUCUAACAGAACAUGCUGAAAAGGCAGUACAAGAAAACAAAUAAGACCAAGCUGGUGUGAAAACAGAUCUGGGGAGACUGCAAGAGGGAUCCCCCUGUUAUGGCGUCCAUGUGUGCAGCUAUCCGUACAUCCAUAAUAAAUUACAGCCAAGGAAGGAAACACCUUUUGAAAUUAAAUUCAGAUCCAACACUCAGACGUGACUGGGCACAAUAGAAACACUCAUGUCAUCAAAAGUAACCAAGGAACAAACAAGAGGGGCAACCGAAAUACAGUAAAGUGACAACAAAAUCAUAAACUGCAAACAUCAGAAGAGACCUUUGGCCUGUGAGCAAACAAACAGCAGACACAGACGUGGAAAAGCAGAGAGCACUGAUACAGUGUUGUAUUGCCAUUGGGUUUCACGUGGUUUAUCAUUGAUACACUGAGGAAGUUACCUUUUUUUUAAGAAUUUUGAAGCAUUUUUUUUUAAAUAUGCAUAAACAAAUGCAUUGUUUGUGUUUUCCAACAGGUGGUUCAUCACUGUCAAAAUCAUUUCUUCUGUAUUCCCAUAAGUCAAGCCUUGCUAUUAAAUAACAUCUCCUAUGAUGCUGUAUCACUUUUAAUAUGUAUUUGCAUAAAUGGCAAACUGUUAAUGUUGAUGUGACAGCAGAGGUCCCAAUAAAAAUUCCCCGUCUUCAUUUAACUC